AUGAAAGCAAUCGUCUAUAAAGACCCCAACCAAGCGGUGGUGGUAACAGACCGAGAAAUCCCCAAACUGUAUGACCACAACCUUCUCGUCAAAACAGAGACUAUCGCCCUCAACCCCACGGACUGGAAACAUGUUCAAGACGCAAUUGCUAUAGAUGGCUGCAUCCUCGGCGUCGACUUUGCUGGCGUAGUUGAAGAAGUCGGCCCGAACGUCGACAAGCCUUUCCAGAAGGGUGACCGGGUAGCCGGGUUCGUCAACGGUGGCAAUUCAUACAACAUCAAUACAGGCGCCUUUGCGGAGUAUGUUCUCGCCAAGGAGUUUACUUUGUUCAAGAUCCCGGACACUCUAAGCUUUGAGGAGGCUGCCACUUUCGGUUGUGGGGUCUUGACUGUUGGUCAGGGCUUGUACGAGAAAAAUUAUGGACUCGAAUUGGCCAUGCCGAAUGAGCCUACCAAGGCUCCUGAAUAUGUACUCAUUUACGGCGGUAGCACAGCGACAGGGUCGUUGGCGAUCCAAUUUGCAAAGCUAUCAGGAUACAAAGUUAUAAGCACAGCCUCUCCCAAAAACUUCGCCUUCAAUAAAAGCCUGGGCGCCGAAGAAGUCUUUGACUACAAAGACCCCGAGUGCGGCAAAAAGAUCAACGAGUACACCAAAAACAAACUCCGCUUCGCCUGGGACACCAUCGCCAAUCCGGCAGCAGCCCAGAUCUGCGCCGAUGCUCUGACGACAGAACCCGGCGCUCGAUAUGGCGCCAUCAUAGUCGUGAAAUUCCCGCGUGAAGACGUCAAGCAUGAAUACACGCUGGCAUACACGGGUGUCGGUGAAGAUUUUGAGAAGAGAGGACAUAAAUUCCACAAUAAUGAGAGACAUGGCGAGUUUGCAUCAAAGUUCUUUGACAUUACCCGCACGUUUGUUGCGGCGGGAAGAAUCAGGCCGCACCCUGUCAGUGUAAGACCCAAGGGCCUUGCGGGUGCGCUGGAGGGGAUGGAGGUGAUGAGGACUGGCAAUCAUAGUGCUGAGAAGCUUGUUUAUAGAGUUUCCGAGACCCCUUGA